UUCUCAGUCUCUCUCUUUUUCUCACUGAUGCCGUUAAAUAUACGUAAAAUUCCAUAAGCAUGCGUUUCUCUUUUUCUAUAUAAACUCUUCAGUCUCAGCUAUCUCAUACGUCCAAACUUUCUCCUAUUUUUUGUUCUUCGUUCAUUCUCUCUUUCUUUAGUCAACAUGGCUCCUGGGAAAUUCUAUUUUUCAUUCCUUUGUUUUCUCAGUCUCUUGCUUUUUCUCACUGAUGCCGUUAAUGUUUCUCACGAUGGAAGAGCUAUCAUUAUCUAUGGCCAACGUAGGAUUCUUAUUUCUGGUUCAAUUCACUAUCCAAGGAGUACCCCUGAGAUGUGGCCUGAUUUGAUUCAAAAAGCAAAAGAAGGAGGACUUAAUACGAUAGAGACUUACGUGUUUUGGAAUGCUCAUGAACCAGUUCGUCGUCAAUACGAUUUUUCUGGAAAUAAUGAUCUUAUCAGAUUUCUAAAAACCAUUCAUGAAGCUGGUCUCUAUUCUAUUCUUCGUAUUGGUCCUUAUGUUUGUGCUGAAUGGAACUACGGGGGUUUCCCUGUGUGGUUGCAUAAUUUGCCUGGAAUUGAGAUGAGGACAACAAAUAAUGUGUUCAUGAAUGAGAUGCAAAAUUUUACUACAUUGAUAAUAAAUAAAAUCACUGAAGAGAAACUUCUUGCUUCUCAAGGCGGUCCCAUAAUUAUUGCCCAGAUCGAGAAUGAGUAUGGGAAUGUUAUGGGUGCUUAUGGAGAUGCUGGAAAGGUGUACAUAGAUUGGUGUGCUUCAAUGGCGGAGUCUUAUAAUAUUGGAGUUCCGUGGGUCAUGUGCCAACAAAGUGAUGCUCCUCAACCAAUGAUCAAUACAUGUAACGGCUAUUAUUGUGAUCAAUUCACACCCAAUAAUCCCAAUAGUCCUAAGAUUUGGACUGAAAAUUGGGUAGGAUGGUAUAAAAGUUGGGGUGAUCGAGAUCCACAUAGGACGGCUGAAGAUGUUGCCUUUGCUGUAGCCAGAUUUUACCAAAGUGGAGGAACCUUGCAAAACUAUUAUAUGUAUCAUGGUGGAACCAACUUUGGUAGAACUGCUGGUGGUCCGUACAUUACAACCUCAUAUGGCUAUGAUGCUCCUCUCGAUGAAUUUGGAAACAUUGCUCAACCAAAAUGGGGCCAUCUCAAGAAACUUCACGAGGUUUUGAAAUCAAUUGAGAAAAACCUUGUAUAUGGAAGUGUCAACGAAACUGAUCUCGGUAAUUCUGUUGAGGCCACUGUGUAUGCCACAAAUGGAUCAUCAAGUGUGUUCUUGAGCAGCAUUAACACUACUUCUGAUGCAACAGUCACAUUCAAUGGAAAGCAAUAUACCGUUCCUGCUUGGUCUGUUAGCAUUCUUCCUGAUGGUCAAACUGAAGAGUAUAACACAGCAAAGAUUAAUGUUCAAACUUCUUUGAAUGAGCAUUGGCCAAAUGAAGCUGAGAAGCAGCCAGAAUCAUUGAAGUGGGUGUGGAGGCCUGAGAAUAUUGAUGAUGCUCUCAAAGGCAAAUCUCAUUCUUCUGCAAAUAAACUCAUUGAUCAAAAGGAAGUCACUAGUGAUGCCAGUGACUACCUUUGGUACAUCACCAGCCUUCAUCUUGACGAACAUGAUCCUAUUUGGAGUGAUGAUAUGUCUCUUAGAAUCAAUGCAAGUGGCCAAGUAAUUUAUGCAUACCUCAACGGACAGCAUAUUGGAACUCGCGGGGCUAAACAUGGCAUUUCUUCUGAUGAGGUUGAAUUUAAGAUCAAGCUGAAUAAUGGAAAGAAUGUGAUUAGUUUGCUUAGUGUCACCACUGGACUCCAGAACUUCGGGUCGUUUUUUGACACAUGGCCCACUGGUCUGGUUGGACCAAUUGAAGUGGUUGGUAGAAAGGGUGAGCAGACAAUCAUUAAGGACUUAUCUUCUCACAAGUGGCAUUACAAAAUUGGAUUGGAUGGUUGGGAUAAAAAAUUCUUCAGUGAAGAGUCUAGUCUUAACACCAAAUGGGCAUCAGACCAAUUACCCACUAACAGAAGCUUCACCUGGUACAAGACCACAUUCAAAGCUCCUCUUGGAAAAGACCCUGUGGUGGUGGAUUUGGAAGGACUAGGUAAGGGAUUUGCUUGGGUCAAUGGUUACAAUAUCGGUCGCUAUUGGCCUACCUACUUGACUGCAGAAGAUGGUUGCACUAAUGAUCCUUGUGAUUAUCGCGGUGAAUAUUCUAACGCAAAAUGUAUUUCCAACUGUGGAAAGCCUACACAAAAAUGGUAUCAUGUUCCUCGAUCAUUCCUCAAAGACGGUGACAACACAUUGGUUUUAUUAGAGGAGAUGGGAGGAAACCCGUCAUAUGUAAAUUUCCGAACAGUUAGUGUUGGAACUGCUUGUGGAAAUGCCUAUGAAAACCACACAUUAGAACUAUCUUGCCAAAGUCGUCCAAUUUCUGCCAUUAAAUUUGCCAGUUUUGGAGACCCUCAAGGCACAUGUGGUUCAUUUAACAAAGGCACAUGUGAAAGUAAUAAGGAUGCGCUCUCAAUUAUAGAGAAGGCAUGCGUUGGUAAGCAGACUUGCUCCAUUGAUGUAUCUGAGAAUACCUUUGGGUCGACUAACUGUGGAGAUAUCACAAAGAGACUUGCGGUGGAGGCAGUUUGCUAAAAAUUUUAAUUUUGAUAUAAAAAUUAGGUGUGAUUUUAUAGUCCUAAUUAUUAGGUUAGCUUGUUAUAGUUUAAGUUUCUUUUUCUUUUUCUUUUGUUUAAAAUUCAGUCAUGGUGAUGUCUUAAGUACAUCCUAAUCUUUUGAGUCCACCUUAAAUAACAAUAAUGGUUAGUUAUAUAUAAAUUUCAUGUUUUCCUA